CGGAGCCCCGCCUGCCGCCUAGCUCUGCAGCCUCCGGGACCGCGGGACUCGGGGUUGCCAGUCCCUCCUUUCAAUGAAGGGAUACAUGUGCUCUUCCAAAUACCCUCUGCGACAGAAGAUUUUCAUACUGUUUUUGACACUAUGGUUGUUCUCUUUAUUGAAACUUUUAAACGUGAAAAGAUCCUACUUCUUCGGAAAAGGCAUUUACUUAGUCGAACGAUCUUUAAGCACUUCAUCCUAUGUAAGGAACAGGUAUACUUUUGUCAGAGGUGAAUUCAGGUACAAAAUUAACUGUUCCCGUAUUUAUGAGCAAGAACCUGUGGAGAUUGGCAAGGCAUUGGAGAUACGGAAGAAAGACAUCAUUGAUUUAGAUGAUGAAGAUGUUGUAGAAAUGACCAAAGAUUGUAAGGUCUAUCAGGCCAUAAGAAGAUACCACCUGAAGCCUGUUUCAACAGAAGAGCAAAAAUUCCCAAUAGCUUAUUCUUUGGUAGUUCACAAAGAUGCCAUCAUGGUUGAAAGAUUGAUCCAUGCAAUAUACAACAGUCACAAUGUUUAUUGUAUUCAUUAUGAUCAGAAAUCACCUACCACUUUCAAACUUGCUAUGGACAGUUUAGCCAGGUGCUUUUCUAACAUUUUCAUCGCUUCCAAAUUAGAGACAGUGGAAUAUGCUCACAUUUCCAGGCUCCAAGCUGAUUUUAAUUGCUUGUCUGACCUACUGAAAUCCCAUGUUCCUUGGAAGUAUGUUAUUAACCUGUGUGGGCAAGAUUUUCCUUUAAAAUCAAACUUUGAAUUGGUAACUGAGUUGAAAAAACUAAAUGGAGCAAAUAUGCUCGAGUCAGUGAAGCCAAGUAGCACCAAAAAGGAAAGAUUCACUUAUCACCAUGAACUCAAAAUUGUGCCUUAUGACUACACGCUAAUGCCUGUAAGGACAAACAUUUCCAAGGAAGCUCCACCUCAUAACAUUGAGAUUUUUGUGGGUAGUGCUUAUUUUGUUUUAAGCCGAGCCUUCAUUAACUAUACUUUCAAUAACCCCCUUGCUAAGGACUUUUUUGAGUGGUCUAAAGAUACAUACUCCCCAGAUGAGCAUUUCUGGGCCACCAUGAUCCGAGUACCAGGAAUACCCGGGGAGAUAUCCAGAUCAGCACAAGAUGUCACAGACUUACAAAGUAAGACUCGACUGGUCAAAUGGAAUUACCUAGAAGACCAUUUCUAUCCUCCCUGUACUGGCUCUCAUCUUCGUAGUGUAUGUAUCUAUGGGGCAGCCGAAUUGAGAUGGCUUAUGAAAUAUGGACAUUGGUUUGCCAAUAAAUUUGACUCCAAGGUGGACCCAGUUUUAAUUAAAUGUUUGGCCGAAAAGCUUGAAGAACAGCAGAAAGAGUGGGUUCGUUUAUCUUCAGAAAAAUUAUUUAUGAUUGGAAGUCCCACGACUGUGUCACUGUAG